UUCUGUACUCUGUGGUCUUUCCUAACCUCUUUUUUCACACGUGAAAAUGUAUUGAAUUUGAAUCACAACAGUUUAGAAGAAUUUGAUUGAAAUUAAAAUGAUCAACAGCAAGAAAAGGGAGAUUGAAUCUGAUUCAUUAAAAGAGAAACCGAAAAAGAAACUAAAAACUAAGCAAGUGCAACCGAAAACCGACAGUGUUGAGGAUGUGAAAUCUACAGCUAAAACCUCGAUCAGUAAGAAAAGGGAAUCUGAGUCUAGUACCACAAAAGAAGCCCCAAAGAAGAAACUGAAAACUGAGCAUGUUAAACCAAAAGGUAAGAGUGGAUCUAAACGUCCCACUCAGACCACAACCGAAAAACCAGAUUGGCGUAAUUUUAAGCAAAAGAAGAAGGAAUUACGAUUGAAGCGUAAGCAAACUAAUAAAUUUUACGACACCAUCGUGGAGGCGAAGAAAAUUUUUGAAGUAUUGCGACAGAGAAGCCUACGAGGAAACCUAGGCGAACGUAACAAAUCAAUUUCUAAGCUGCACGAUCUGAUUGUCGGCAAAGGCCAGUAUUGCAAAGUGAUUUUUGCGCAUGACAUGGCACGUAUAGUCCAAUUCUUGUUUAAGUUUGGCAAUGAGAGUAUUCGCAAGGCGAUUUCCGACGAGCUCAUACCCGUCACCGUGGAAAUGUUGCAUUCGAAAUAUGGCCGAAACUGUCUUAAGAGUAUGCUCAAGUAUGGGAACGGUGACAUUCGUUCGGCGGCCAUUAAGAAAAUGUAUGGUAACGCUGUGAAAUUUUGCAGUCAUCUGAUUAGCGCGUCUGUGUUCGAGUACGCGUACUCUACGUGGGCCACGCCGCAACACAAGCAUGAUUUAAUGCAAGAGUUUUUCGGAGAUAUUUAUAAAAACGCAAAGGAUCCCAGCGUGAAACAUUUGAAAGACGUGUAUAGAGACAGUCCGACCAUGCGAGACGCCGCACUUCAGACUACCAAAUCGAAUUUACUGAAGGUACUAAAUAAGGAGUUGUUAGAUUCCGCCCUCGUACAAACCGUAAUCUACCAGUACUUGUCAGAGUGUAACUCGGAGGAUAAGGCUGAGCUUAUAACUCAAUUGGCUCCACAUAUUGUCGUCAUAAGUAACAGUAGGGAUGGUGCCCGUGCCGCUAUGCAAUGCAUUUGGCACAGUACGAAUAAGGAGAAAAAGGUGAUUAUGAAAGCUGUCAAGGAACAUAUUACUGAGCUGUCGAAACAUGAACACGGGCAUUGUAUGGUGAUCACACUCCUGGAUACCGUCGAUGAUACGGUGUUGUUAAACAAAAUGAUUAUAUCCCAAUUGACGACUGAUAUUAAUGAAUUAGUGGCAGAUGAACAUUCUCGGAAGGUAUUAUUGUGGCUAAUCGCCCCAGGCGAUUCAGCACAUUUUCAUCCACAAUUUAUUCAAGAGUUAGAUGCAGGCCGCACGGUUUCGACGAGCAAAAAGGACGUUACGCAACGGCGGCAAGAGCUCUUAAAUUAUGUAAUAUUUAUGUUAACGAAUGAAGUCAUCGCAAAACCAGAAUUUUGGCUCUCGACGCCGUCGGUAACGUUGGUUACUUUGGCGAUUAUAAAAGCCGCUCCAGAUAACUUUCUCGGCGACAUUCUGGGCGCAGUUGCAAAAACGGUCACGAAUAUCGAAUGGUGCAUUGAAAAGGAAGGCGAGCAGUUAGCGGUCGAGAGUCCCGCUUUGCACAUGAUGCUGAAAAAAUUGUUGCAACACGAUAAGACACUUGCAGCAGACGGCAAGGUAACCUUUGGGAAGACACUGCUCGCAGAGAUAUCAUCCGAAACGAUGCAAAAAUGGUUAACUUUGAAUCGCGGCUGUUUUCUUUUAGUCGCCCUCUACGAAAACAGUACGAAUGAGGAACAGGAUGAGUUGAAAUCAAAAUUGAAUGCACAUUUAAAAAUAUUGGAGAAGCAAAAGACUGCGGGUGCAAAAAUUUUAAUUAAAAAGCUAAAAGAAAGAUAAAGUUAUACUUACUCUAUAAUAAAUCGGUUACUGUA